AAUCUAGAAAGUUAAAGAUUCAUCUUUCUUUCUUUUUGCUUCUUUUUUAAAGCAUACAUAAUUUUAAUAUUCACACUAUUAUAUUCCAAGAAUUUUAUCUAUUUUUGUCUGAAGGAUAUAGAUGUACUUUAAAUAAAAUAGAUUAGAAAAAAAAAAAAAAAAAAAACAAAUUCUUAACCGCUAAGCUUCCCUUCUCAUUUCUCGAACUCUCCUAUAUAAAUCUCUAUCAAUCGUGUCACAAAAUCAACGGUGGAAAACAAACAAGCAAAAAGCAUUUCAUGGGAACUGUAAUGGGAAUCGAAAUGGAAGGAGAAGCAGGAAAAGUCGGUGGCGGCGUCGGCGGUGGUAGCGAAGUUGAGGCGGUGGAUUACUUUUACAUGUUGCCGGAAGGCUGCAUAGCGCAUAUUGUGUCGUUGACCAGUCCACGAGAUGCUUGCCGACUGUGUUUGGUGUCGUCCAUAUUCAAAUCUGCCGCCGAAUCCGACGCCGUUUGGGAGAGGUUUCUCCCACCGGGAUACCAUUCUUUCAUUUUCGAUUCUGAUUAUCAUCGUCGUGCUCUGACGAAGAAGGAUAUCUACUUCUCUCUCUGUGAUCAGCCUCUCCUCUUUGACGAGGGUAGAAAGAGUUUCUCACUGGACAAAGUGAGUGGGAAAAAAUGUUACAUGCUAUCAGCAAGGGUACUCUCUAUAGUUUGGGGUGACACUCCAAGGUAUUGGACAUGGAUUCCAUCCCCAGAGGCCAGAUUUGGAGAUGUAGCUGAGCUUAUUAGCGUUUGUUGGUUCGAAAUUCUGGGCAAGAUUGACAUACGAAUGCUGUCCCCAUCUACAUUGUACACUGCAAAUUUCGUGUUCAAAUCAACUAGGGGUGCUUAUGGAUUUGAACAUCAAACACUUGAUGCAGUAGUGGGACUUGUUGGUGGGCAAAAAUCUACACGAUCGGUGUAUUUAGAUGAUGAAGCAGGGCAAAGGAGGCGUAGGAGUCAGAUUGUGCCGCGGCGUAUGGGGCUGCUUUUUAGAAACCACAGAAACAUGGAAACUGAAAUAUCGACAACCAGAUCAGAUAGGGACAUGGACAUGGACAUGGAUAGGGAUAGGGAUCGUAAUGAUGAGCAUAACCAUCCAAAAGUGAGAGGAGAUGGGUGGAUGGAAGUGGAGCUUGGUGAGUUCUUCUACGAUGGAGGACAAGAAGGAGAAUUGGAAAUUAAUCUUUUGGAGGUGAAAGGUGGAAAUUGGAAAGGUGGUCUCAUUGUUCAAGGGAUCGAAAUCAGGCCAAAAAAGGAUCUAGCUUAGCUAGCAUCUAAAUAUAAUGUCCAUUCACAUAUGUGCUGACAAGUUAUGCUGAAGUUGAAACUGACUCAUGUUCUCUGUAAUAUUCACAAUACCAUUUCUAAGUUGACCAUAGGACAAGUCUAUGGUUGUUUGGUCACCUGAAAUGUUAAGUUGUUCGUUGUAAUGUUAUUUUUCUUUAAUUUCUUCCCAUCUUGUAAUAAUCUUUCAACUUUCUUAAUGCAAGUAUUAUUAUUUUUUUUUCCUCAA